CAUAGAUACUGAUGUUCCCUCCCCUGUCGACAAGUUUGGUUUUCGCAACACCAUCAUGCGCUAAUAACCAUGUCUGCUGCCAUCAAGCUCCUUAUAGGACAUCUCCCACAACUAGUCGCCGGCCAAGACAAAAAGUUCAGAACUCCUCAUGGAUUGGCGUUUCAAAGGGCCUGGGUCCAGCUACCCUCCCGGUCCGGUCGCAGGGGCACGUAGUUAACGCGGACGAGUCAUCCUUUGAGGUUACAGAUGGCACGGGGCCGCCUAUCACCGUAUGCAGCAGGUCUAGCGCUAAUCAGCGCCUGCAGGGUCAAUACGUGCUAGUCGUGGGCAAGCUGGGCUUCAAACGUGCAUCCAAAAAGGAUGAAGCAGCCCUCCGCGGCCUGCAGGAGGAGGAGUCCCAGCGCGCUGGCAGCACCUGCAGCCUCGCCUCCGCUGCCACCACCGCCAGCCUGUCCGGGCCCAGCGGCCCCGCCAAGCGACGCAAGGAGUGGCAGCUGUCCUGCCAAAAGGUGCGGCCGCUGUGCGGUGACCCGCAGCGCCGCGCUGAGCUGUGGCAGCGGGAGGUGGCGUUCCUGCAUGAGGCGGUGUACCCGCGGCUGGGGGCAGCAGGGGGAGGGGGGGUGAUGUAAGCACGUGCACUCGCGAUCCUGACAUCUGCAGUAACGCCUUUUCGUAGCUUGCGGGCGGAGGAGGUGAAGGUGCAGGUUGCAAGCAUGGGGACGCCAUAGCACUAGGGGGCCGGUAGGAAGCUGUGUAGGGCGGCUCUGGUGGUUGGGAGUUGGCGGCUGGUGUUGUUAGCGGUUGUUGGGACGUCUGGUUGGUAACGUUGUGAAGGAAGCCUCCAAUAAACGCUGUAGUCUCGUUGUUAUGGCUAUUGACACGAGAGGACGGGCUGGAACGAAUGGAGAACCAGGCUGUUUGACGUGUGGGUUUGCACCUUGGUUUGGAUUUGUUUGAGGUUCGGAUACUCCAAGGGCUACCGGUCGGGGAGAGUCAUUAAGGACCGGAAAGGCUACGAAGUGCAUGUGUGGGGGAUGACGAUGUCAACUGCCUGCACCCGGAUGUUGACAUGACCAGCAGGUGUUGUAAGGAACUGCGGGUAAGCUGCAAUUUGUUACGGUUGUGUGUGUAGUAGAGCGGAAACAAGAGCAAGCAGUUGGGAUAGGGUCGCAUGUGAACCGCAAGUACAAGCAAAAAGAGGUAGAACAGAGGUAACCAAACCUGAACCAUA